ACUUUUUAAUUAUACUUGGGCCAAACGAGCAUUUGAAGAAAAACCCUAGUCUAUUUGCGGAUUUAGCUGUAUAUAUAAAACACUAGCGCCUCCAAACUCCAUUUUCUCUUCAGUUUCUGGGAGACAAGACUAGGGAUCAGCAAUGUCGAAACGAGGACGUGGAGGUUCCGCGGGGAACAAGUUCAGAAUGUCACUGGGUCUACCAGUGGCAGCGACGGUGAACUGCGCCGAUAACACUGGUGCUAAGAACUUGUACAUCAUUUCCGUGAAAGGGAUCAAGGGAAGGCUUAACAGGUUGCCUUCAGCUUGUGUUGGAGAUAUGGUGAUGGCUACUGUUAAGAAAGGUAAGCCAGAACUAAGGAAGAAGGUUAUGCCAGCUGUCAUUGUUCGUCAACGCAAGCCCUGGCGCCGAAAGGACGGUGUUUUCAUGUACUUCGAAGAUAAUGCAGGUGUCAUUGUGAAUCCCAAAGGUGAAAUGAAAGGGUCUGCUAUCACUGGCCCAAUUGGGAAAGAAUGUGCUGAUCUCUGGCCUAGGAUUGCAUCUGCUGCCAAUGCUAUUGUGUAGAAGUAGAGCCCCCAAGUAGUUUACAGUCUUGUUUUUGUUGGUUUGUCAUUUAGUUUUUUGGAUAUCCAAGGGUUUUGUCGUUGUAAGAAUUGUGCUGAGAAUUUUGCAGUACUAAAAGGUUUUCAUCCAUAAAUGUCAUCAAAUGUUUUCAUUUC